AUCGCGCGGUGCUUUCAGUUUCAGUUGUCACGUUGGAGCUAACCGCCUUCCUUUUUUGUCCUGCACAGUGGUGAAGCUAGCUAUGUUUCUUCCCCAUACCCCGGCAAUUCUUAUUGAAAUCGCGCCAUGACCGGCUGAGAAACCAACGCCGGCAUUCCCUGUUUUUCUUUCUUUUUUUUGGCUGCGGAGCUUCGACCGGUCGCGUUAGUUUAAUUCUUUCUGCUAGUGCUUAGUUCGAUGACGACCAUAACGCCUUUGCCCGAGGAUGUCCGGAGUUGGUUGCGUUCUGGCAUUUUCUUGUUCGACUUGACGAGGGUUGUGGAAGAACUGGUUUUCAACAGCCUGGAUGCUGGCGCCACUAAGAUCUCAAUCUUUGUUAGUGUCAGGAGCUGUUACAUAAAAGUAGUGGAUGAUGGAGUUGGUAUUACUCGAGAUGGAUUGGCGAUCGUUGGAGAAAGAUACGCAACAUCAAAGUUACUUAGUUUGGCUGAUCUGAAUGGCAUAAGUCGAAGCUUUGGUUUUCGGGGGGAAGCUUUAGCUUCAAUUUCAGAAGUUUCGGUGUUGGAAAUUUUGACAAGAACUUUUGGAAGGGCAAACGGGUACCGCAAAGUGUUGAAGGGCUGCAAGUGCUUAUAUCUUGGUAUAGAUGAUGAUAGAAAGGAAGUGGGAACAACAGUUGUUGUCCGUGAUUUGUUUCACAACCAACCAGUUCGGAGGAAACAUGUGCAAUCCAGCCCAAAGAAGGUUCUGCAAUCAGUCAAGAAAUGCAUGCUGCGGGUCGCACUUGUGCAUCCGAAUAUUUUGUUCAAAGUUGUUGAUAUUGAAAGUGAGGAUGAACUUCUUUGCACACAGUCUUCUUCUUCUCCGCUAUCACUUUUAACCAGUGGCUUUGGGGUGGAUGUGUCAAGCUCUCUUCAUGAAUUACAAGAUCAGGAUGAUGUUAUAAAGCUUUCAGGAUACAUAUCUGGCCCCUGCAAUAGUUUUCCUGUGAAGGCCUUGCAGUAUAUCUAUAUUAACUCACAAUUCAUCAACAAGAGCCCCAUUCAUAAGCUUCUGAGUCAACUUGCUGUUAAGUUUGAGCAUCUGGACUCACGGAAUGCAGGUGACAAGUUCCUGAACAAGAAGAGAAGUAGAUCACAAGCAUAUCCAGCUUAUAUCUUGAAUUUGCUUUGCCCACGGUCUCUGUAUGAUUUAACCUUUGAGCCAUCAAAGACUUCUGUUCAAUUUAAGGAUUGGGCUUCUAUACUGAACUUCAUUGAGAAGGCCAUCAAAAAUUUCUGGGGGAAGAGUAUAACUCCUGGAGAGUCAUCUAAUGCCACUCAUGAGGUGCAAGCAUCCCAAAUGUGCAAGGAAACUGAUGAUGCUAUUUUGGUUGAAGCAGAUAUAGCGAACUGUGGAAACCGAAAGAGUAAGGAAUUCUCUGGCCUUUUCUUGUCCACUUCUGACAAGUGGCUAAAGAUGACCAUUGCCUGUCUGAUGGGCAAGUCACUAGACCCUCCCUUGGUUAUUUGCCCUCAGGUGCUGCAAAGUUCAAAGAAAAACCGAAUAAGAGAGACUUUUUCUGUCAGACUGGCUACUCUAGCUUUUCAAUGGAUGGGUCAUAUGCCAAGUAUGAUUCCACUGUGACCAUAAAUCAUUGCAGUGUGUGGAAUGAUAACAACUGUAUAUCUGGAAGAGAUGAUUUAUUGGAUGGUGAGUUUGCUGCUGGAGAAAUCUUCAAUGA